GGGCGGGGGGNCGAGUGGUGCCUCAUGGAGAGCGACCCCGGCGUCUUCACCGAGCUCAUCAAGGGCUUCGGUUGCAGAGGAGCGCAGGUUGAAGAAAUAUGGAGUUUGGAGCCAGAGAACUUUGAAAAAUUGAAACCAGUACAUGGGUUGAUUUUCCUCUUCAAAUGGCAGCCUGGAGAAGAACCAGCAGGUUCUGUUGUUCAGGAUUCAAGGCUGGACACAUUGUUUUUUGCUAAACAGGUAAUAAAUAACGCUUGUGCUACUCAAGCCAUAGUAAGUGUGCUAUUAAAUUGUGCUCAUCAAGAUAUCCAUCUAGGAGAGACUCUGUCGGAAUUUAAAGAAUUUUCCCAAAGUUUUGAUGCUGCGAUGAAAGGUUUAGCACUAAGCAACUCAGAGGUAAUCCGGCAAGUUCACAACAGUUUUGCCAGGCAGCAGAUGUUUGAGUUUGAUGCAAAGUCUUCAGCAAAAGAAGAAGAUGCCUUUCACUUUGUAAGCUAUGUUCCUGUUAACGGGCGACUGUAUGAACUAGAUGGAUUAAGGGAAGGACCGAUUGAUUUAGGUUCAUGCAAUCAAGAUGACUGGAUAAGCGCAGUGCGGCCUGUCAUAGAGAAACGCAUACAAAAGUACAGUGAAGGGGAGAUAAGGUUUAACUUGAUGGCCAUUGUGUCUGAUAGAAAAAUGAUAUAUGAGCAGAGGAUUGCAGAGUUACAGCGGCAACUUGCAGAGGAGGAACCUAUGGACACAGACCAGAGCAGUAAUAUGUUAAGUUCUAUACAGUCAGAAGUUGCAAAAUACCAGAUGCUAAUUGAAGAAGAGAACCAAAAAUUGAAAAGAUACAAGAUUGAAAAUAUUAGAAGAAAACAUAACUAUCUGCCUUUCAUCAUGGAAUUAUUAAAGACUUUAGCAGAACACCAACAGUUAAUACCAUUAGUAGAAAAAGCAAAAGAAAAACAGAAUGCCAAGAAAGUUCAGGAGGCCAAGUGAAGAUUACUUUGAAAAAGGCRUACGGCUGUGUGCUUCUGAAACUCUUUACAUGACAGCAAAUAAAACUUUUCAUAAACUUUAAACUUUGUCCAGCGCACGUUUAACAGUUGUAACAGUUUGUCUUGUACUGUGUGCACGGGUCUAAAUUUUUUUUUCUUCCCUUGCAUCAUGUGCAUGUAGUACUACUAAGUAAUGUCUAGGGUCUCUUGAUCAAAUUCAGUAUUUACGUCUGUUGGAUUUAGAAAAGUUUGAGAAAUGGAUCUGAACAUGUACUUCCAUCCUCUUCCUGAGGAAAUUGUUGAAACAUUUUGUCCCACUCAAAUAUAUGAUGAUGAUGCAGAAAAUGACAUAAUUUCAAUAUAUGCAUGAGCUUUCUUUGCUCAUUUUUCUUAACAAUUAUACUGUCUGACUGUUCAGUGACAUGCCACCCUGUGUCUUUAUUUUAUGAAGUUUGUUUCUAAUUUUUUUACGGAGCUGAAAAGUAUGAAUUUAGCUGUAGAACAUCUGCAAAGACCGAUGUAUAAUCUCAAAGAUCUGCAUUUCUUUAGUAGAAAAGAUAAUAAAUAUUCC